AUGGCAGCAUCAAUCUCAGGCAUUUACACCUCUUCCCCCUCUCUCAAAAAAUUCUCAAACCAAUCUCCACCGUUGACCCAUCCUCUCCGCAAAGAUCACGUCUCCUUCCCCGCGCGCCGCGCAGAUCGCACCCUCAGCCUCGCGUCGCCCGGCGCGUUGGCUCGGGAGGUUUCCCAUGGGGCGGCGGUGGCGGCGAAGGGUCUGGAGAAAGAUCCGCGUGCGCUGUGGCGGAGGUACGUGGAUUGGCUGUACCAGCAUAAAGAACUGGGUCUCUACUUGGACGUGAGUCGGGUCGGGUUCACGGACGAGUACGUUGCGGAAAUGGAGCCCCGUUUUGAAGCGGCGUUUAAGGCAAUGGAUGAGUUGGAGAAGGGUGCGAUCGCGAAUCCCGAUGAGGGUCGCAUGGUGGGACACUAUUGGCUGAGGGACCCUAAGCGCGCGCCCAGCUCAUUCCUUAAGACGCAGAUUGAGAACACUCUGGAUGCUAUUUCCAAGUUCGCUAACGACGUCGUUAGUGGUAAGAUAAAGCCUCCUUCGUCCCCGGAAGGUCGAUUUACUCAAAUACUGUCAGUGGGGAUUGGAGGUUCUGCUCUAGGACCACAGUUUGUUGCAGAGGCAUUGGCUCCUGAUAAUCCUCCGCUCAAGAUAAGAUUUGUUGACAACACGGAUCCUGCUGGAAUUGAUCAUCAGAUUGCGCAGCUUGGGCCUGAGCUAGCUUCAACACUUGUGAUUGUGAUUUCAAAGAGUGGAGGUACCCCAGAGACUAGAAAUGGUUUGUUGGAAGUGCAGAAGGCCUUUCGUGAAGCAGGCUUGGAUUUUCCGAAACAGGGUGUUGCUAUAACACAAGAAAAUUCUUUGUUGGAUAACACUGCCAGAAUUGAAGGCUGGUUAGCUAGAUUUCCUAUGUUUGAUUGGGUAGGAGGUAGAACGUCAGAGAUGUCUGCAGUUGGCCUGCUUCCAGCAGCUCUUCAGGGCAUUGAUAUCAGAGAAAUGCUUGCUGGUGCAUCAUUGAUGGAUGAGGCAAAUAGAAGUACUGCGUUAAGGAAUAACCCUGCAGCUCUGCUGGCUUUAUGUUGGUAUUGGGCUACAGAUGGUGUAGGAUCCAAGGAUAUGGUUAUUCUUCCAUACAAGGACAGCCUGUUAUUAUUCAGUAGAUACUUGCAGCAGCUGGUCAUGGAAUCUCUAGGCAAGGAGUUUGACUUGGAUGGUAAUCGGGUUAAUCAAGGAAUUAGUGUCUAUGGAAAUAAAGGAAGCACAGAUCAACACGCCUACAUCCAACAAUUGAGGGAGGGUGUACACAAUUUCUUUGUGACAUUCAUUGAGGUGCUACGUGAUAGACCCCCAGGUCAUGAUUGGGAACUUGAACCUGGUGUCACUUGUGGUGACUACUUGUUCGGUAUGCUACAGGGAACAAGGUCAGCUCUGUAUGCUAAUGACAGGGAGUCCAUCACAGUUUCUGUACAAGAAGUGACAUCAAGAACAGUUGGUGCUCUUAUUGCCCUCUAUGAACGAGCAGUUGGAAUUUAUGCCUCCCUUGUCAACAUAAAUGCUUAUCAUCAACCUGGUGUGGAAGCUGGUAAGAAAGCGGCUGGUGAAGUACUGGCACUUCAGAAGCGAGUGUUGGCAGUGCUAAAUGAAGCAAGCUGUAAAGAUCCCAUUGAACCAUUGACACUUGAAGAAGUAGCUGACCGUUGCCAUGCUCCUGAAGAUAUUGAAAUGAUUUACAAGAUUAUCGCGCACAUGGCCGCCAAUGACAGAGCACUAAUUGCCGAAGGCAGCUGUGGAUCGCCUCGUAGCAUCAAGGUUUUUCUUGGGGAAUGUAACAUUGAUGAAUCUUCCAAUGUUGAAUCUCCACCAUUAUCGGAAGUGGAGAUUUCUGUUAAGACAUUUUUGAAAGUGUUGAGUUUUGUUGUUCUGAAUUGGAACUACGUGUAA